UAUGUUCCUAUUGGUCCAAAUAGAAAAUCAAACUUUUUCCUCUUUCCAUAAGUCAUUUUCGCUGCAAUCUUACCUUCACAAUACUCUGCAGAUUCUCUCUCCAACUUAACCUUGGCUAUUCUCCAUUGAAGACUGUCCAACCUCUGCUUCCAUUCAGUGUCGGUCAACAAGAAUGUCUCGUGCUCCGAUACUCAUUAAGGAUCUGGUCCAGGUAAAUCAAGUUUGGAAGAUGCUGAUAAGGGUUAUUGAUGUGUGGGUUGUUAAGGAAAAAACAGGACAACAACACCUUGAGUUCAUCAUUCAAGAUGGAAAGGGUGAUCAGAUUCAUGUCACGACUACGAGCAGAGACUUCCAAGAUUGGAUCGAACAAGUCAAAGAGCAUGAAACAUAUUCCCUCUAUAAUGGAGAGCCUGUUAUCAAUGAUGGACCUUUCAAAGUGUGUUCUAACCCACUCAAACUUCUAUUCAACGGAGGUACUACCAUGACCAAUUUCGAAAUUCCAAAAAUUCUGAGUCACAGAUACAACUUUCACCCUAUUGCAGAUUUUCUCAAGGGAAGCUACAAACCUGACAUGUUAUACGAUGUGAUUGGUGUUUUUCAAGAUGUGCUUAAGACGCAAAUGGGUGGUGGUGGAAGGAAGUCUUGCGUCAAUAUCACUUUGCGUGAUAUUGAAGGAAACGUGAUCGAGGUUGCGUUGUGGGAUGAUUACUGCAAAUAGUUUAUGAACUACAAUACCCCUGGCAAGAUGGUUGGUCCUACUAUUAUUGUCUUGACACAUUCGUGGUGCAAGAUAAACACAGUUUCUGGAGCACGUAGUCUCUCAAAUGCAUGGAGUGGCUCAGGACUUCUCAUUAAUGUGGAACAUCCCCAAAUUGAUGAAUUCAAAGCAAGCUAUGAAGGAACUAAAAAUUCCAAUGCGCUUUCGCUGUCCUUGACUUUUGAAUCGUCCCUUCAAUUUGUUAACAAAAGUUGGCCAGCCUCAACGAAGUCAAAAGUAUCCAUGCAAUCAAGGAAGGAAAGAAGGUAAAUAUAAUACCACUGUCGUUGCGAGUUUAUUUCCUUCCAAUACAAACUAACAUCUUACCGAGUUUCGUAAUGGGACUGUUUCAUGAAAAUUUGAAUGUCAUUAAUAUCAAUGUCUAUAUGCAUUAUGACUGUUUCGCAACCACCAUUGGCACUACAAAACAUUUCAAAGCUUCCAGGUUUGGCUGGUAUUUUGAGUCAUGCCCUGGCUGCAGAGCUUCUAACAAGUCACAAGGUGAAACUUUUGAAUGUGCAUGCGAAAUUACCAAUGUCGAACCCGUAACCAAAUUCAAAGUUGAAGUUGAGCAUGAUAACUACAAAGGUACCUUUGUUUUUUGGGACAAGAACGUUAUCCCUUACACGAAAUUGAGUGCAAAGGAGUUACGAGAAGUUAUGAAGAAGGCUGGUGAAGAGAACCCUAAGAUUUGGCAUGUUCACCUCGAUGUGUUGUUGAACAAACAAAUGGUUUUCCGAGUCAAAUAUCAAUCGAGUUUCAAGCAGUUCUCUAUCGUCGCAAUACUUAACGAGGACAACCUUUUCAACACUUUUGACAACCACCUCUGCCCUAAUGAGCUUACUUCAAAUGCUGUUGUUGUGGAUAAUGAAGCCAACACUCCUACUGAUCAUCCAAGCCAACCAAUUUUAUGACAGAGAAGAAUAUAUAAUUGAAAUUAUAUGCUAAUGGUUGUUUAUCAUAAUAAUCUUAUAUGUUAAUAUUUUUCCAAUAUUGUUACUAGGUUACACAAUCUGAAGACUUAGAGCUAACUGCACAACCAUCCUUGGAUGCAAACCGUUUAGGGAGCCCAACUGCGAGCUCUAGCUCCACUCCUACCAAGCGGGUUGCUGCAUCAACCAAUGUUAAUGAACCCAUUCUGGCUGAAGAACUGACCCCUAAACAAUCUGCUACGAAGGCCAAGGCUGGGAAGAAAAUUAAGCAUAUCAAGAAGGAGUAAUUUGGGAGAGCCUCAUUCAGAAGCCAUAUCUUUUUUGAUGCCACUUUUAAUUUGACACCUUCUAUGUAAGGAAACUAUUCAAGUACUAUGUGUUUUGUAGUUUGAUUUUCUAUUUGAAUGCAUGUUCUAUGCUCUUGAAAUGUGUACUUUAACUCCUAAACAUAAUAUUUAAGCUGAAUCUUUUAUGU